CUCCGUUUUCAGACAACUCUGGACUAUCCCUCACAAAGGAAUUAUUUAUUUUUGCCCUCACACUAAAGCUUCUGAACCUGGAAGCCAAAGGAAACACCAUCCUAUAUCUUCCCUAUGUCUUCAUUAACCAUGUCAGUGCGGCUCGCAGUUCUUCAUGUGUUAGGCAUUCUAUCUCUGACCUGCAGCAGUUCUGGAUCUGAAUUAAGUGUUCCAGUGCCCAUCUCAUGCGGGACUCGCGCGGCUGAUCUGCCGGACUCCGCUCAGCGGGUUCUGUGUCCGGCCAACUGCAGUCUGUGGAAAAUGUCCGUGUUCGGUUCCGGUGUCUACGCCUCCGUUUCCAGCGUGUGCGGCGCAGGAGUGCACAGCGGGAUCAUAGGAGUAUCAGGAGGGCCGCUGGAGAUUCAGAAACGGCAGGGCAGGACCAACUACCUCAGCUCCUUCGCACACGGCAUCCAGUCUCAAACUCUUUCCCGCUGGUCUGCAUCUUUCACGGUGGCCAGAGCUAUCAGCUCACCAAUGGAAGUAUCCAGCCAAACCAGCAGCUCUUCCACCCCAGCGUCUGGACCAGUGAAGAAAACGGUCAAGAAAAACCUGAAGAAACCUCCAGCAGCAGAAAACAGAGACUGCCAAGUGGAUAUUGCUCUGCUGCUGGAUGGAAGCUACCACAUAGGGCAACGGCGCUUCAACCUGCAGAAGAACUUCAUUGGUAGACUGGCAGCGAUGCUAAAAGUUGGUCCAGAUGGACCACGUGUAGGGGUGGUGCAAGCAAGUGAGUCUCCUCGGACUGAGUUCUACCUAGGCAACUAUAGUAUGCCUAAAGAUGUGAUUUUUGCCCUGAAGGAAGUAGCUUAUAUAGGAGGCAACACCAAUACAGGCAAGGCCAUAUUAUACGCUGUGCGGAAUUUCUUCAAUCCUGAAUAUGGAGUGCGAAGAGGUCAUCCACGAAUUAUUGUGGCCUUUGUUGACGGUUGGCCCUCUGAUAACCUGGAGGAUGCAGCAGUAAUGGCCAGAGAAUCUGGCAUUAAUGUGUUUGUAGUGUCCGUUGCCAAACCUAUCCCUGAGGAGAUGGGAUUGGUGAGGGAUCAGGACUACAUGAAGAAAGCUGUCUGCAAAGACAAUGGUUUCUUUACAAUGUCCAUGCCCAGUUGGUUCAGCACAAACAAGUUUGUAAAGCCGCUGGCUCAAAAACUGUGCUCCCUUGAUCAGUUACUCUGCAGCAAGACAUGCUAUAACUCAGUCAAUCUGGGCUUCCUGAUUGAUGGUUCCAGCAGCGUGGGUGAUGCAAACUUCAGACUGGUCCUAAGCCUCCUAAGCUCCAUUGCUCGCAACUUUGAUAUCUCGGAUAUUGGAUCACGUGUAGGGGCCAUCCAGUUCACCUAUGACCAGAGGUUGGAGUUUGGGUUCAAUGAGCAUACAAGAAAAGAUGAUGCCUUGAGGGCCAUCCAGAACAUCCCAUACAUGAGUGGUGGUACAGCCACUGGAGAUGCCAUCACCUACGCUGUCGAGAAUCUCUUCCAGCCUCGUACCAUGGGCAUGGGCAAGAAGUAUCUCAUCAUUGUGACUGACGGCCAGUCCUAUGAUGAUGUCAGAGGGCCAGCAAUUGCUGCUCAAAGAACGGGGAUUACAGUGUUCUCUGUGGGUGUGGCCUGGGCUCCAAUGGAGGACCUGAGGGCCAUGGCAUCGGAACCCAAAGAUACCCACACCUUCUUCACCCGUGAGUUCACCGGCCUCGAGCAGUUCGAGCAGCCAAUUGUACGGGGGAUCUGCAGGGACUUCACCGAGUCCAAUUAGAAACUUGUCUGAGUAGGUGGUAGAAAAUAGGAAGUUUUUGAGCAGGUGGGAGAAAGAAAUAUUUUGAGAAGAAAAAAAUGCAGUAAAGAAAAAAAAGAAAGCGAGAGAGAGAGAGAGAGAGAGAGAGAGAGAGAGAGAGAGAAAAAGCAAUAGAAGAAGAAAAAAGGAAAUAGAGAGAAUGUUAUGGUCUUGUUUGACCAUCUCUACACAUACUAGAAUAAAACAGUAGUUUUUUUUUGUUUCUUUGUUAUUGUCUUUCAAAACUAGAUAUAUUCUCUGUGCAAGGAUAGGCCUUUCGUCAUUGUUUGGUUGGGAAAAGUGUUUGCAUGUUUGUAUGCUUAAGAUGUGUGCUUGAUCCAAAGAUGUUACAGCUUAAUCUGUAUAAAAUGUACCAAACUCAUCCCUCUGUAACGACACAAAGUGUAAUUACUUGAGAGACGCAACCUUGUCCUAUUUUAGGAAAUACACAUCUUACUGUAAUUUUUGUUUCUUUUCUAAGUUUGAGGUCCAAAAUGAACAGCAGUAUCAUUAUCACAGUAUUAAAAAAAUAACAACAAAGAAAGGCUGAUGUAUCAGAAUGGCGAGACUGUCAGUUUCCAGAAAGGUUUGAUGCCUCUGCGUUAGUGGGAGCACAAGAGAAAAGGUCUGCACUCGUGUACAAAAAACAAAGAGCAAAGCUAAGAAAGCUGUCCGUAGAGUGCCCUCUUGUGCCAACCAGCUGUAGUACAGUAAAGUGGAGAGAAUACGAGUUAACAUUCUACAACUCAAAGGUUCACCAAACCACAGAUAACAUGCCUGUGUUAUAUCAAGUAAUGCAAUCUGUACUAGGGGACACAAACUACACAAGCACUGCAGUACAUGCACAGUUUUUUUCUAUUACAUAAUAUGUUAGUCACAUAUUGUACGUUUGAGAAUGUUCGGCACAUUACACGUAUGGAUUUCAGAUGUUGAGGAAUGCAUUUGAACUAUAAGCAGUAAACUUGUUUUCAUCACAUAUGUAUACUUUCUUUGGCUUAAAUUAUGCUUUCAUGUACUUAUUGUUUCUUGUAUACCCAUCUAUAUGCAUGCUGAGCUGCCUUGCAAACUGAGAAGGGAGGGGAGGGGGGCUUUAGAGUGAUUGUACAUUUCUAUUUAAUUUAUUACUUUCCUCUUAAUAAAGGACAAGGUAUUUUUACAAGAUGA